CACUGUGUCCUACUAAACAGAAAACACACAGGUUCAAAGAGCACAAACUGCGAAGCUCAUAGGUUAGUUUAGUGAUAGUAAGCUCCAGGUCAGGGUUACUGUAGUUAACAGGUUAUUUGCAUUGUUAACCUCGCUUUCUUAGUUUCCAAUUAAGCUUUAUUUUUUAUUUUACUUCUAUUUUUUCCUUUUAGUGCUUAUUUUAUUGUAUUUUUGGAAACCAGACAUCAGAAACUUGUAUCGGAUACCUGCUCCAGUCCUGUCUGCUGUUCUGGCAGACCAUGAGGAAAAUGGCUCAUAUCUUAUCGACGUGCAUCUUUAUUUUGAUAGCGUCCCAGCUGGUCGACUCAUCCGGUGUGUUCGAGCUGAAAGUGCACUCGUUCACCAGCCCCGGCGGUGUGUGUAAGAACUCCCAGGACUGCCGCAUCUUCUUCCGUGUGUGUCUCAAACACUCGCAGGAUGUGAUCUCGGCUGAACCUCCGUGUACAUACGGCACGGGACGGACGGACACCUUCAGCGCCGAGCCGAGCUCCAUCGCCAGCAGCGCCCCCAUCAAAGUGCCCUUCAGUUUCAAAUGGCCGGGAACAUUUUCGUUGAUCAUUGAAGCGUGGAAUGCAGAGUCCUCGUCAGACCAGUCCACAGAAAACCAAAACAACCGGAUCAGCCUCCUGGCUACUAAAAGGAGCCUGACCGUUGGGGAGAACUCGCUGCAGGACGAGCGGCUUGGAGAGCAGAGCGAGCUGCGCUACUCGUACCAUGUCAUGUGCGAUGAGUUUUACUACGGAGAGAGCUGCUCGGAUUACUGCCGCCCCCGGGACGACACCUUCGGCCACUUCACCUGCGACUCCUCCGGGCAGAGGAUCUGUUUAUCUGGAUGGAAAGGCGAAUACUGCGUUGAGCCCAUCUGCUCGCCUGGCUGCAGCGACAAGCACGGGUAUUGUGAGACCCCCGGUGAGUGCAAGUGUCGCCUCGGGUGGCAGGGCCCCCUCUGCGAUGAGUGCCAGCGGCACCCUGGCUGCUUGCAUGGAACCUGCAACCAGCCAUUUCAGUGCAACUGCAAGGAAGGCUGGGGCGGCCUGUUCUGCAACCAAGACCUUAACUUCUGCACCAAUCAUAAACCCUGCAAGAAUGAUGCCACAUGCACAAACACGGGCCAGGGAAGCUACACCUGCACCUGCAAGCCUGGAUUCAGUGGCACCAACUGCGAGAUCGAGACCAACGAGUGCAGCAGCAAUCCGUGCAAAAACGGCGGCAGCUGUAAUGAUCUGGUGAGCGACUAUUCAUGCACAUGCCCCCAGGGCUUCUAUGGAAAGAAUUGUGAGGUGAGCGCUAUGACCUGUGCAGAUGGACCAUGCUUCAAUGGUGGAACCUGUGUGGAGACAACGACUGGAAGUUACUCCUGCCGCUGCCCUCCCGGUUACAUGGGCUCCAACUGCGAGAAGAAAAUCGACCGCUGCAGCAGUGACCCCUGUGCCAACGGAGGCCAGUGUCUAGAUCUGGGUCACAGCCUAAUGUGCCGAUGCCGCCCUGGCUUCAAAGGACUGCGCUGUGAAAUCAACAUCGACGAGUGUGCCCGUAACCCCUGCCGCAAUGCGGGCACCUGCGUCGACGGCAUUAAUGACUACACAUGCAAAUGCACGUUGGGCUUCACAGGCAAGGACUGCAGCGUGCGGGCUGACGCGUGCAGCCUCCUGCCCUGCAAAAAUGGCGGCACAUGCUACACUCACUUCAGCGGGCCGAUGUGCCAGUGCCCGCCAGGAUUCAUGGGUCUGCGCUGCGAGUACAGCCAGCCAUCUACAAAGCCUCCUGUUGUUCCCAGUUUCCCCAUAGCCCUGGCCAUCUCCUUUACCCUGGGCCUUCUCGCGCUGACGCUGGUGCUGUGCGCUGCCAUCAUCCUCCUCAAGCAGAUUAGACGUGGCAACGAAUCCAUGUUCUCCUCUGUGCGUAACGACCUGGACACCAUCAACAAUCGCAACUCGGUGAUCUCUAAUGCUCAGGCCAGCUACAAAGAGAAAGAAGCUUUCCUCAUCCCUGGUGGUCCGUUCAAGGUGUCCAACAAGGAUGCGGCGCUCAACUCCGGCAUCAUGGAUACACUUUGUAACGACAAGGCCAACAACAAGCAAAAGAUGUUGGACUACAAUCUGGCCAAAGAUGAGAAAAAUACAAAGGAUAAGUUAGACCUGAAAAACUCAGAGUCCUCUAAAUUAGUUCCCACUUUGAGCUUCCCUAAAGAAGACUUGUAUCAUCCUGUAUACAUCAUUCCUGAACAAAUGGAACCACGUGUAUUUGCUACUGAGGUUUAACAGUAUUGUCUAAUCUGGAGCACCUCAAUCAUCAUCAGGCCUCGCCUGAACAUGUUUACAAGCUUUUUGAAGAGAGUUCAAAGAGACUAUAUAUUACAUUGACAUAUUUAAUAUUUAUUGAUGCUGCUCAUAUGAAAGGACUACUUUUUGCUGUGGACAAUGUUGCGCAGACAAAGCAAGAGCAUAAUUUGCACUACAAUUUACUUUUUUUUUUUAUAUCCAAUACAUAUAUAUAUUUUUUUUU